AUGGCUUUUACAACCGUGGUGGUUGAGAACAACUACGUCUCCAGAUGGAUGGCUCCCCUCUUGGCUCUGUGUCUGCAGUUCGAGGUGGGAACCAAGACGGAGCACGACCUUGUCCCUCUCGUUUUCGAGUUCUUCGAUCCUCGAUGCGACUCAGGUGACCAGGCAGACUCAGUUUCAGUUGCUGGCCCUCCCUGCUUGGGUUGCAAGGAGGGGCCGACGCUGGAACUGCGUGCCAGUGAGUGCUAUGAGUGCCCGCCUGUACAGCUCAUUUUCCGUAGAUGGCCGCGGACUGAGCUACCACGACACAGUUGUUUGCAGCAACGGCCCCACCCAGUGCCGUUUCAGGUCAGCCUUUCUGACGGUACCCCGUGCAUAGGCAACCGAUGGAGGCGAGAACUUUCUCGUUCUGCUGGCCUGCUCCCGUCUCUUUCAUGCAUACAAGUGUGCCGGCCCUCGCAGGAGGUGCCGUUUGUGGGAGCCGCUACCUUCGGCCCCAGCCUUGCCUCACACCCUGCUUUGCUGCCUGUGCGGUCGCUCGGCACCAGCACGGUCAACACCACGUCGCCUCUGCCUGCCCUCCUCCGGGAUUCCAAUUCUCAGGAGGUUCUGCAUGCUCAGUCGCAGCCUGUGCGGUCGCCGCGGACCAGCACGGCACCUGUCCACCCAUUGCCAAACAUGCAAGACUGCGUCAGUCACCCUGAUGCAGGUCCAGUAAGAGCCCCUGCAGGGGCACAUGCGGCAUGUAUUGAACCUGCUCUGCCCAAUCUGCUGGCAUACAGCAUUGCGGCUCCCGUGCCAGUCGAUCCUCCAAGUGUUUACGGGGGAGGCUACACACAGCCCGUGAUCCGGAUGGGACUUAUCACUGAGGCAGAUCUCGCCGCGCAAGGGAGGCAGUACACUGUGUUUGAAUACCAGAGGCGGCCGCGAGUCCGCAAUUUUGGCACAACAUGGUCGCUACAGGACCUAGUCGCGGAUGCUAUCCGUGCUGCCGCAAAUCCGAUCCGGCAUGUGCGCGUGCUUGAUCCAGUAAUCCCGGGAUACCCAGCGCCCCAGCUGCGCAUAACGCGGUCCCUUGCGACCUCCGUUCCUUCGCGCGCGAUGUUGUCACUGCGGAAUUUCCGUGAUUUCACUGCCUAUUCCGGGGGUUGGCAGUGGCUGUGCCUCCAUUCUGACCCGGGGCAGCCAGCAGGUCAACAGGCCCAAGCCAAUGCUGAUCAGGUUGGCACUACGACCACUGCCACAGCGUCUAGGGUUCUACCAGGCGCAACCCCUCAACAACUACUGCAGCUCGCAGCUGAGGAGGAGGCGGUGCCCUACCACCAACCUGGGGCAGGUCUAUACCCAGCUUGUGUCGCUUUUCAGCCGGAUUUCUUGCGUCAACCUGAAGUUGUGCACAGGCCUCUUGCUGAUUUGUGCCUUUUUGCUGGCCUGCAGACUGGGACCGGUUGCCUUGACUUCACGGUGCAUGUUGCAGGGGCUGCACCCACUACCCUUCAGGCUUAUUCAGACUGGUCCCUUGCUUCCUUCUUCCAUGCAGCGAUUGGUGCCAUACCCGAGCUUCCACAGGCAGUGCAGAUGCUUGUUUCUGGGGUUCCUGGGCUCCCAGAGCCACAAUUUGUUCUCACGGCCGCGGGGGCAACCAGCCCGGCCGUCCCGGUCGACUUUCGGUUUGUUGGGGGUCCAAUAGCGACCGUCUGCGCCACGCAAGCAGACAGCAUUGAGCACCUCUUGCAAUUCGCCCCGGGCCUCGAAAUGUCGGAGCAUGUGCAGGAGCUACUCUUGCAACGGGACCUGUUUCUCCAAGAUGCGCGGGGCGGUGUCCAUACUGCAGUCCCAGGGCAAGCGGCCGAUCUUCAGUGGCUUCGUGUCGUCAGUAGGGCGGGUAUUAUUGGCAGCACUGCAAUGAUGCCUUCUCCCUUGACUUCCCUGACGUCCACAUCAACCACCACCACAGCGAUGCAAGGAGAGGCCACCACCGUCCGACUCACACUGACCGGGGCCGGCCUGACGAUGACCACGGCAGCAAUCCCUUUGCAGCAAUUCGAUGUGGUGUCUGAGCUUACCACGCUGAUUCUUGCAAUUACGCGUGCUGGACGACUGCCUGAUAAUGCUCAUGUCGUAAUUACUGCAGCUUGGCCCCUGCCGGCGGGUGGACGACAUUUCAAUAUCCCAGUCCUCGUCUACUCCCCUGACGACUACCAGUACAUCGUACUGGACCCCUCGGUUGAUGGGUCCCAGGUGCACAGCCUUGUGGUGCAAGCCGGCACUAUGCCCGAACACGUCCUCUCCCGUAACCAGGAGAAUCUUGGCUUCGUGGCCUGGGUCAACGGGGCACCCCAGUCGGCUGUCCGCAGGCCGUUGAGGACCGGAGAUUUUGUCCAAAUCUUCCCAGGCGACACACGUGUGAUAUACCCUGUGGGGCACCCGCUGCAGCUCAUGGGACAUGUCAAUAGGCUUCACUGCCUGAGUGCCCCCUUUAGGGUUCCUGCCUUCAAUACAAUCGCUGCCAGGGCGUCACACGCUGGAGCCAACGCCGAAGUUCGACAAGCCCUCCUCGGUGCCAUCGAUAGAGCCAUGCGAGCCAGGGUUGAACUAUACGGACUACCAUCCAGGACUCGGCAGAAGGUUGUCUUACUUGAACCAGGGCGUGCACCACACAUUGUGUGGCUUGACCUCAUGUCUUGUCCCUCGGUCGAUGAAGCCGAGCCGCUCCUCCGAGACUUAGGGCUCUUUUCCGACGAUGCACGGAUACUUGACUCCCGCAUCGAGACCUUGGUAGCACAGGUUUUUGUCAUUGCACCUCGAGAGGUCCGAGGCAUGACGUACACGGUGCCCAACCCCAUCUUUUUCGGGGCCCAUACUCUCAUCCACCUGCCAGCCGAUACUAGUCCACCAUGGCACCUGUUGCCAGUGCAAGAUCAGUACACCUUGGUGCCACCAUCUGAGGGCUGGAUCGAUGGGGCUGGCAUCCUAGUCGCGCGACCACAAGGGCAGCGGUCUCUUGCACGCAUGCCUGCCUCUUCUAGCAGUGAAGUGCGUGCAGUGCCUGCUGCCUCUACUGCGGCCGCACCCAUUGACUCUGAGCGCACUUCCUCUGCCGCGUCAAAACCCAUGAGUGUCGAGACAGUGCCGUCUUCGGGUGGAACCUCGCUUGCCCAACUGCCGGACUUCCGACAGGCACAGCAACGCAGGUGCCGCCAGGCAGAGGCAAAAGGUUUGGUAAGUACCAACUGCCCAUGCGUGGCAGGGCAGGUGCAGUGUGAUCCGGACACAGCCGAGCGGUCCGCUCAACCGCAUACUGUCCAUGAACUUCAGAGCCGAGUCCGGCAACCAGUGGCACACCUGGCGGCAAACAUCACAAUGGCUCAGACUUCUAUUGCCACGCCGUUUGGACGUCGGAGCCUCUCGGCUGCUGCUGGGCGUACUGCUGAUAACCUCUCCCCUGUUUGUUCCGUCGAUGACCCGGGCAGCAACUCCCUGCGACCGCAGGGCCCCGUCGGUCACCCCGUUCCCCAGCGCAUGCCUGUCCAUGUUCGACUCGAGGGAGCGAUACAGCCACCCGAGCCCAAUGGCUCGAAGGACCUCACGGCUCCUACCCUCGAACUGGCUAAGGCAAUACCACAGCCACAGCGUGAGGCCAGCCUGCUGUUUGCUGUCCCUGCUGACAUCUUGGCACCGACGCUCGCGGCAUUUGAUCUAAGUCACUGCCACCGGGCCUUGCCAGCAUCUCAGUUGCUCCAUCCUGCCGCUCGGCAGUUGGUUUACGGUCUCCCUACUUGGGCAGGGGCGAAACUGACUGCAUGCAUGCUGUUUCUUGAUGGCGCCUAUGAGAACGGCCGAUGCACUUGGGCAGUUGCUGCGGCGGUUGAGUUUCAAGGUACUUGGUUUUGGGCAGGCUACUUCUGUGGGCAUGUUGCAGGCUCUCUCAGCCCGCGAUCGGCCUUCGAGGGAGAGCUAUACGCCCAAUUUGUUGCUCAUGGCAUUGCAGCCCGGCACGCUGUUCCAUGCGCCAUCUUCUACGACAACACCUCUGCUGCGAGUGUCGCAGUCGCUACAGCUGCUACUACCGCCAGUACGCAGCUAGGCAGUGCUACGGCAGCAUUGCGCUUUCUGUCUAUGUACAGUCAAGUCCCCAUUGCCUACCAGCAUGUCAAAUCCCACCAGGGGCACGCUGGUAACGAGACGGCUGAUAGCAUUGCCAAGGCGCUGCUAAAGGAGCGGAUUCAACCUUGUCUACCAGCUGAUGACACUCUGGAUGCGUGCGUGCUUGCAGGCGACUUCGACUGGCUUUGGAUACAUGCGGCCAGCGCUACUUGCAGCAGCUGGCCCAGCAUAGGUCACGACGGGGACAGCGUGCCAAUCUGCCCAACACAAGCUGGACCCAUUCUCACCACGCCUGCCGCCUGGCAGCCUGUGGUGCCCGAGCCGGCUCUGCCUGCCAAGAAGAGUAAGUGCUCUCUUCGCUGCUUGACAUACAACACGCUAUCCUGUACCAGCGCGCUACAACGGCGCUGUCUCUCUGAGUUCAUGCGCGCCAAAAAGGACUUCCGUGUCAUUUUCAGUCAGCCACGGCUACUGGUUGUCCUCCUGCAUCAUGAAGGUUUCAAGGCUGCCUUCAUUGUCGGCCAUGCACCGGAUUCAACCCAGGAUGCACCUACCCGGGAAGACUGGUGGGAGCAACUCGACGCCAGGCUUGACGCCAUACCUUCUUAUGCUGAGGCGGUGAUAGUUGAUGCCAAUGCCCGCUACAACUCACAUGAGUUGCCUGACAACGCUAAUGCCGUCUCAUUCCAGCAGCUCUGCCGCAAACAUUGCCUCCACAGGACAGCUGCACAUGACGCCAAUGGCAAGGUCCACAAAACAUGGCGUUCACCGCAAGGGGUGUGGUCUUGUCUGGACUAUAUCGCCGUGCCGUUGACCUGCCAGCACACACUGCGUGAGCUCGGGGCGCAUGAGAUCCUGGACACGCAUGCGGGUAUCGACCACCAGCCGGUGCUCGCUGAGUUUGUGCUACAGCAUCAAAGCCCACCUAAGGCUAGACGGCGCAUCGAUGCAGACCGGCUGCGCAGCCCUGAAGGGCACAGCAUCAUCAGGGAGUGCUUUCUCACCCUUCCUGAAUGCCCAUGGCACCUGUCACCAGACGAGCACUUGCAGGUCAUCAAUCAGCAUAUACAGGCCUGCAUUGGUCGCCACUUUUCCGGUGCGGGCGCGGUUGGGCGCAAGCCAGGCAUUUCAGAACAAACGUUAGAGUUGCUUGCAACCAAAAGAGGGCUGCGCCGUGUUCACCAACGGCGUACACGCCAGCAAUGCCGGGCUACCCUCUUUACUUGCUUCCGCGCCUGGAGCCGUGGCGGCGGCCAUGGCAGCGCGCCCGACACCUGGGGAUAUGCCCCACGAGCUUGGGAUCAGAUGUGUGCCCGCCAUAUCGCGGAUAUGCAGCGCAUAUCUCGCGAGCUCCGUCUUUCUUCUAGCCGGGACGAAGCUGCCUUCUCGCGCGCCAUGUUCAAAGAGGCGAGAGGCAAAGGCCCCGCUUGCCUAGCAGCCCUGCUACGGUCCGUGCUUAAAGUUGGACGAAGGUACAAAGCCCCGAGGAUUGCUAAUGCUAUUGUUGAUAAGGGGUGUGAGGUCACUGACCCGGCGCACAUCCGACGAUUGUUCGGGCAGCAUUUUGGCGACAUUGAAGGCGCUCGGCCGGGCAUGCUGAGCGAUAUGACUCAGCUGCCGUGCGAGGACCGGUCAUGCGCCAAAAAAGACAUUCACGGCAUCCCCUCCUUGCCGGCGCUAUCUGCUGCCUUUGCAGCGCUGCAACCUCGACGAGCGGCAGGCAUCACGGGAAUACCCGCUGAGUUUUACUCGGCGUGUCCCGAUCUCGCAGCGAUGCACCACCUACCACUGGUGCUAAAAGCUGCCUCCAGACACCAGACCCCCACACUCUGGAGAGGGCUUCUCGCCGUUCCGUUGCCCAAGCCGGGCAAGCCUGGUCACCUCCUCACGGGCUACCGCUCCAUCGCAUUGAUGGAACCCUCCAUCAAGGCGGUGGCCAAGGCAGCACGGCCCGAACUCCUACGUGCUUUCGAGCGCAUCACGCUCAGCUCCGUUGGUGGUGCUAGAAGCCGUGUUCCGACCGAACUGCCAGAGCUGCUGCAGUUCAACUGCACUUGGAGAGGUUGCGGCGGGAUUCUCUUUCCGGUUGAGCCCCAGGUCCUCCAUCGGUUUCUUAGCCAUCUUGAUGAGAGAGGUGCCCUCACUCAUGCUGGAGUGCCGAGUGCUCUGUGUGACGUGCUCCAAUGCUUGUUGAGCAAAACCUGGUUUACCACUGACCCGGGAUGUGGGGACAUUCAGUGCACUACUCAGGGCACAACGCCAGGAGCCCCGCUUGCAGACCUGCUUUUUCAAUAUGCGCUGAAUAGCGUCUUGGCUGCCCUCACUGAGCAUCUCGCCGAUGAACAGCUCUCUGCUCAGCUGACCGUUACUGGCCACGACCCGGCACUGUCGGAUCCUGUUUCGUGGCUGGAUGACGUCGCCGUCCUCUUGCAAUCACAGUCGGCCGGCCGUGCGGCUGGCGACGCGGCUCGGGCUACGGCUCUCAUCCACCAGUAUCUCAGCCUCAUCGGCAUCGGCCUAAACCUCAGUCAGGGGAAAACUGAAGCCAUUGUUGCCUGGCAUGGGGCGGGAGCACACGAAGCCCGUCUCCAGGUUAUGCAGCGGGCCGCGGGCACCGUCCCCCUGCAUGUUCCGGGGCAUGCUGGCCUGGUGCUACGCUGCGUCACUCAAUACGAGCACUUAGGCAGCCUGCGUACAGCCGGAGGCGAUAUCGGACCGGCGGUCGAGCACAGGCAUCGCGAGGCCCGCAGCGUCUACCGAGCCGUCAAGACCAGGCUUUUGCCCAAUCCCAACCUUUCGUUGCGAGAGAGGCAGGCGUUGGUCCAUGCUCUUAUUUUAAGUCGUUUCCUUCACGGCGCAGGGACGUGGCUCUUCUGCACCAAUGAUGCGUGGGAUGGCUUUGUUUCUCGCUACCUCGGACUCCUCAGAGGGGCGAUUCGGCCGCUUCAUGGGUGCUCCAGUGGCCGGCUAUCGCAGGUCGAGGUGUGUGCCCUCACCAAUGCUCUUUUACCUGAGGAAGUCCUUGCUGUUGCCCGUGUGCGAUUGCUUGCUUGUGUGGCCAACCAGGCCGGUCUCUUCGCAAAGCGGCAAUUUACACAGCAUGCAGCCUGGAUGCAGCAAUUGAGGGCCGACCUCACCCUUGUUGCUGAUCGCACCAAAGACCCGGGGCUUGCUCGCUAUGCCUCUAGCGACUUGCCAACAGCAGACUGGCUAGACUCUUGGCCUCUUCCCCAGGCUUGUGUCAAGAACCUCCUGGCCCGAUUCCGCCGAGGCUGCGUUGCGAGCCGGGAACACUUCGUUGAGUCUGCAAUCGCCAAGGCGCAGGCACACGAGCGAGUCAUUCAGGCUGGCCUCACUUUUAUUCGAGACGUCCGGUGCUCUGCCCGUGAGCUCCGCUACCAGUGCCCGGAUUGCCCUGCACUGUUUGCGACGAGAGCUGCGGCCGCAGCUCAUCGUUCAAAAGUUCACGGCCACUUGUCAGCGUCCGCGCAGGCAUUCGGCACAGCCUGUGAAGUAUGCCGGCGUCAAUAUUGGAGUACAGCGAGACUCGCUGAGCAUUUCCGAAAGGCUCCGCAUUGCGCGGCUGUGUAUCGGGAAUCCGAUAUGGCUGGAUCCGUCACGGAAGCCAUAGCUGACCGCCGCGUACCCUGUGCACAGCUGGUUGGACCCCAACCUUGGUGGGCUACGAUGGCGCACGCUCCCCUAACACCGCUUAUUCCAUCUCCCGACGCAAACGACCCGCUGCCUAGCCUCUUGGCACUCUCGCCAACACGGCAGCUCCACUCUUUCUUUCAGCUCUUUGCGUGUUCGGUAGAGAAGCAUGGCCAUGACGGAGUCAUGGAAGCGCUUACACGGGUUGUCUCGGGCACGGAACACUGGCGAUUGGCCGUUUCCGUUGCCCAAGUUUUGGACCGGGCUGAUGAGAUGCUCAUCUUUCAGGAGGGCAGUCUCGCAGCCGCAUACCGGAACGGAGCUUUGCUCUUCGGACCGGCUGAGGCCUUACGCAGUGCUGUAGCACGCGAUUGGCCCUUUUUGUGA